CAAGAUUUUCUUUACUUCGUUUUUUUUUUUUUUUUGUUGCUUUUUUUUGGAUUGUGGGAAAAGCAAUUUCCCAAAUGCGUGGAAACUGUGGAAAAUCGCCAGUCAGUCAGUAGUUGAGGGCAGACAAGCGGUUUCCAUAGUUCAAAGUGUGCAACCACAACACAGAACAACAAUUAACGAAAUAAAUCAAGUGUGAACAAAAAGUGUGUAGCAUAAAAUCUUUUUUGUUGAGUGACAAACAAACGUCGGGCUUCAAAAUGCCGCUCUAUUCAGAUUCGAGCAAUUAUUACUACAGCGGCGGCAGCAGCCAACUUUAUUCGCCCUAUUACAGCAGCAGCAGCAGCAGCAGCCCUGGCAGCUAUACGUCCAGCUAUAAUCGGGCAUAUCCAGGCAGCUAUAUGGUGCCGUUGCUGCCCUCGCCCCGCUCGCCCAGCUACACCACGAGCAGCAGCAUCGUUGGCAGCGGUGUUGUCGGCGGCAGCAGCAGCAACAGUUUGUUGGGCUUGUCGUCGCGUUAUCAGCCCAAGCUGACGACCAUAACAGAGACAUCGGCCCUAACGGGACGACACAGUGGCCACAGCAGUCUGAUGCCCCUGACGCGCAUUCAGUCGCCCAAGUACAGCUCAGUGUCGAGCUACGGCAGCAGCAAUAGUAGCAGCAGCAGCAGCAGCCAUCGCUAUAUACCGCCUAGACCGAUAGCAAUCAAUACGGCGGACAUUGAUGUGAGUUCAGCGAGGUAUCAUCGUCGCUCAGCGGAGCCAGAGCCAGCUGCAGUUGUGGAGCGCAAGCAGGAGAAGCAAGCUGAACCACAAGAGGAGCAACAGCAGCAGCAACCAGAAAAGCAACAACAGCACCUCGAACAAGAGCAGCAGGGACAAUCGCAAGCUCCGCCUAGACGCUCGACAAUACGACGCAAUCGUGCUGUGGUCCGUCUCUCGACCAUCAGACGACGCAGCAAGGAACGCAACAGCGAGCAACCUCAACAGCAGCAGCAACAGCCACAACAACAACAGCAGCCAGAGGAACAUCAAUUUCGUGAUCUGCCGCCAGCAGCUGAGCCAAGUCUCAGUUGGCGACAAAAACUUGCCGAGGAGUUGGCCGCAUUCCCAGCGACGAGCAACAAAAAGUCACCCGGAGAAUUGCUGCGCGAACGUUUCUACAUACACGAUGAGAAGCAACAGCUGGCGGAGUUGCGUCAGCAGCAAAAGCAGCAGCAACAACAGGCAAAACAAACAACACCAACAGAACGGACAACACAGCAACAACAACAACAACAACAACAACAACAACAGCAGCAGCGACAGCAGCCAGCAAAACAGUCCGAUGAAGAGACGGAGGAAUCUUCGGAGCUGGAAGAGACUGCGGAACAGGUGCAGGAAACCAUUCGCCGACUGAGUUUGGUACAGUGUCCCACAUUUCAUGACAUCUGCGAGGACAUCUCGUCGGAUAAGAUCGACGACGAUCUGAAUGCUGGCGAGCUGCGACGACGUGCUUCGAUCAUACAGGAACAGGAACAGGAGUUGCUCAACAAGUUGCAAAAGUCGAAUUCGGGAACUUUUCAGUUGAUCCAUUUGGAGCGUCGCAGCAGCCAUGACAGCACCACAGCCGAUGAGUCGACAGCGGCAGCAGUGGCCAAGCAGGCGAAGAAACGCAAGAGCAAGAAGUUGCGACACAAGAUCACCGCCAUUGUGGAUGUGGAGAAUGCGGUGACAGCUCAGACACAAUCACAGCAACUGCAACUGCAACAGCAACAGCAGCAUCAUAUGCCGAGUGUGCUGGAACUAAACGAAGAGCAGGCAGCCAUAGGCGGCAACCCGCCAUUGAGUCCCAAGCCCAAGUUUACGGUGAAUGUGGAGACGGUGGAGGAGCAUCAGCAGAUACACAAGAUCUUCAAGUUGCCCAAGAAAAAGGUGGCGCCACCGAAGGCUUCGCAAGUGGAUCAAGUGUUGCCCGAGGGCUUCAUGAAGGCGGCGCCCAAGGCAAAGACAUCGCCGAUUAAGAAGCCAAGCAAGCCCAAGGUAGAGGAUCAAGCAAAGCUGUUGGAGAAAGAGAAACUAGAGGCAGAGGAGAAGCAGCUGCUGCAGGAAAAGUUGCUAGAGGAGAAACUGAAGCAGGAGGAGAAACUGAAGGAAGAGAAAUUGCAACAAGAGAAGUUGCAAGAGGAAAAAUUGAAGCAGGAGAAGUUGCAAGAGGAGAAAUUAAAGGAGGAAAAAUUGAAGCAGGAGAAAUUACAAGAGGAAAAAUUAAAGGAGGAAAAACUGCAGCAAGAGAAACUGCAACAAGAAAAGUUGCUGCAACUUCAGAAGGAGAAGUUGCAACAGGAAAAACUGCAGCAGGAAAAACUGCAGCAGGAAAAACUGCAACAGGAAAAAUUGAAGCAGGAGAAAUUGGAACAGGAGAAAAAACAGAAGGAGAAACUACAAAGGGAGAAAUUACAGAAAGAGAAACUGCAGCAGGAGAAACUGCAAAGGGAGAAAUUGGAACAGGAGAAAGUGCAAAAGGAAAAACAGCAGCAGAAACUGCAGGAGGAGAAAUUGAAGCAGGAAAAAAGAGCAAAUGGAAAAGGAGCAACAUGAAAAAUUGCUCAAGCAGCAGCAGCAACAACAACAAGCGGGAGUAGCGCAGAUUUUCACCUUCGACGAGGCCGCAAUUCAACAGAGUCAGGCAACCAUGACGCCUGCGGCCACGCCCACGCCCG